UCUCUUAAUACAUGCUCAAGGGCCUUCCAGCUGGUCAGACGGCAUAAGAGGUCUCAUAAGUCAGCGUAUGAAGGAUGGAAAGCAAAUAAAAAAAAAAGAUCAGAUGUCGAGUGAACAGCUGUCAAGGGCGGAGGCGUUGGCAUGCUCAGGCUGCAGGCAUGCAUGCCACGUGAUGCUCUACUCUGACACGAAAUCUCAGCUGUUUGGGAGGAUUCCCAUCAGACACAUCAUCCUGAUGCAGAUGCGUUUCGACGGUCUGCUAGGUUUCCCUGGCGGGCUGGUUAAUCCAUCAAAGGAGACCUUGGAGGCGGGGCUUAACAGGGAAUUGGUGGAGGAGAUUGGCCUGGCGUUACCAGUCUCUGUUGAAGAUCAUGUGGAAUCUUGCUAUGCCCCUGCCUCGUCCUCCUCUUCCUCUCGUCUUAUCACUCACUUCUAUGUGAAGAAGAUAGAAGAAGAGCAGAUUAGGGAGGUGGAGAAAGCAGCUGUGUCCACUGCAGAGGAACAUGGACUUGAGGUUCUGGGUAUGGUCAGAGUCCCACUUUAUACAACAAAGGGCGGUGGAGGGCUGUCGUCUUUCCUGUCACACUCCUUCAUUGGCAAUGUUCGCACCCAGCUGGUGGAAUCUCUGCUGCGCCUCCACCUGGUGUCCCCCAAGGACCUGCAAAAAGCCCUCACGUUCUCUCUGAAGACACAUGCAGACUCUGCAAAGGACCUGCAGGCAGCCCUCGCCCUCACAGAGGUGCAGAGGAAACGGUUACAGGAAACAUCCUGUUGAUACCCAUCAGUAUUGCAAUGUUGCACAUACACGCACACGCACACACACACAGGUAUUCUUAGGUUGUGACUCAUAAUUGAACACUAUACAUCCAAAACAUGAACAUAAAUGGAAAUAAAGUCAUUACACUUAAACUUUUCUUCUCAUUAUACUCUUUUGAAUCAUCAUGUUGAUUUAAAGCAGCAAAACUGAAAAAUUAAUAAGUUGCAAGAGCUGCUCUUAUAGUCACAACCCCCUCGUUAAUAACCUUAUUUUAAUAUAAGGAGGAUGACAUAAUUAUUCUUGCAGUGCUAGCAGCUACUAAAAACAACACACCAACAUGCAAGACGCUGGGUUGUGUUGCCUAAUAUGGCAGUGCACAGGUGCCUUUGUGGUUUUGUCAAUCUGCCAGGAUGAAAGGGGCAUGCUCAGCAGAAAUCUACAUCUUUUCAGUCAAAAGGUUUUUUCUUCUUCUUCUUUUUUCUGCUUUUUUUUUUUUUUUUUUGCUCAUGAAGUUAUAGCACAGCAGUGCUGGUGCAAUCCAAGGAUUAAUUGUGUCCAUGACAUACCAUAUAGCCUGCAGGCGAAAAUUUGAUUAUGUUUAAGUGUACCCUCAGCGCACAUAACACGCCUGCACCAGAUGUUAGUAACCUCAUUCCCAGACAAUAUCACUGGAACUGAGCUGGAGCAGAGACAGGAUGCUGCCAAACACUUGUGAUGCCUGUCUGUCCACUGUUGUCUUUUUCAUGAUAUUUAUAUGGAUUGCUUUACAGUCCAGCAGCAACACAAACAGAGAAUAAAGUAAACCACUGACUACUUGCACAGCAGGUUAUCUGAGCUGCAUUCAAUGCAAUAAAUCAACCUCAGAUCAGACAUACAAUAAGUGAAGGGGUCACUCUCCUUGGAUUCAGCUUUAUAACGUAAUAGAUUCUAUGGAGACGUAUUACACUGUACAAGGGCAGAUGCAUCAGUUAAUUACAAGCUGACACAGAUUGAUUAUUUUUUAAUCGGGAGUUCAGGGAAUUGGUUUUGCAGGUUAAAUGAAUUUGUCAGGGAGCGAGUAAAGUCUUGUGAUUUGCUGUCAAUGCGCAUCUCUUGAUCAGAGUGUGUUUUGUCAGCCAUCAGGAGAUAAGAAAAGCACCACAUCCGGCGCAACAGACAGGAUGCUGAGGAGACGGGCAGAACGAAACGUUGCAUCUGUGGUUGAGCUCGUGAUAAAUGUGGGUCUUUUUGUAACGCUUCUCGAUGGUAUGCCUCCCUGAAGCAUGUGUGUGAGCAUGUAAACAGUUGCAUCUUGCACUCGAGCGUGAGGAGAAGGGAUGCUGUCAUGUGAUGGUGUUGUAAGGGCGAAUAAUACAAGGUCAUCAGAAACACAUUUAGAGCAAAAAAAAAAAAGAGGAGGGGGUGGGCAGUGCUGGUGAGGGAAAGAUGGAAGGAUGGAUGGAGGGGAGAGAGCCGGAUCGAGGGAUGCUGAGGGAGAAAGACGGUAUAUUCAUAGCAGCAGCGGUAUUUAUAGCCGCCCAGAGGAGAGAAGAGAGUGGGGGGGUGUGG